AUGUCGUCCAGCGAUGCAGCGGUCGAAGCAGUGGUGGAGAAGCAGCUGGGCGCCGUGAAGGAGCUCGACGAAGACAUCUUCGUCUACAUCCUUGGCAUCGUCAAGGAUGUAGACGCGCACGGCUGUGAUCCGGAGACGCUAGCGGAGACGGUUGGCCAGUUUCUCCUGAGCUCCGGAUUCUGCGACACCGAUGAGGAGUCAGAGGAGAAGUGCCAAGCGUUGGCCAAGAGCCUCCAGCAGGCGCUGGGCAUGGAAGGCGCUAGCACGACACACAAGGAGGAGGAUGACGGGCACGCCCCUCGCCUGCUGGACGCCCCGGUCAAGAUUCAGGACCAGGAGGGCAACGACCAAGAAGGGCUGGACUUCAUGUGGGGCACCGACAAGGUUCGGGAUAAGUUUAACCAGCAGAUGGACUGGGACAAGCACUUGAGCAAGAAGGAUCUGAGGAGAGCGGAACGGGAACAGCUCGCGUUCUUGAAGGAGAUCGAGCUGCUGACGGGAACAGAAGCAGACGACGGCGAGGAGGACAUCAGCAUGAUGGUUCUCCCGGACUACAGCAGCGGCAACAACGAGAAGGACAUACACGUCAAGAACUUCAACAUCAACGUCGGCGGGCUUGAGCUGCUGGACUGUGCCGACCUCAAGCUGGCGUACGGGAGGAAGUACGGCCUGAUCGGGCGAAACGGUGUGGGUAAGACGACGCUGCUGCGGCACAUGGCGGCCUACGACAUCGAGGGGUUCCCGCGCCACCACCGAGUUAUGCACGUCCGGCAGGAAAUCAAACCCAGCGAAAAGACCGUCAUUCAGGUGGUGGUGGAUAGCGACGUCGAGCGUCUGAUGCUGAUGAAGCAAGAGAAGGAGAUCUUGGACCGACAGGCGCGAAGAGCGGGGGGGGGGAAGGAGGAGGAGGAGGGAAAAACAACACCGUCUGACGACCAUGACGCUGCGGGAGUGGCGGCGGACGAGGCGAAACUGUCGGAUAUCUACGGGCGCCUGGGACAGAUCGGCGCGGCUUCGGCGGAGGCCCGAGCAGCCACCAUCCUGUCCGGGUUGGGGUUCUCGACGGAGGUCCAGACUUACCCGAAGACGCUGCUCCUGGUUUCGCACGACCGACAGUUCUUGAAUGAGGUGUCGACCGACAUCAUCCACUUCCUGUCGAAGAAGUUGCACUACUACAAGGGCGACUACGACACCUUCGUGAACGUCAGGACCGAGCUGGCCAAGAACCAGCGGCGGGCGUACGAGGCCUCGGCGGCGAAGAAGGCUCACAUGCAGGAGUUCAUCGACAAGUUCCGCUCCAACGCCAAGCGGGCCAGCCUCGUGCAGAGCCGCAUCAAGGCGUUGGAAAAGAUGGAGGACGUUGAGGAUGUUGAGGACGAAGCGAAGGUCACGAUACACUUGCCAGAGCCUGGACCCAUCGGGCGACCGAUCGUGCAGAUCGAGGGCGUAACGUUCGGGUACGACGCGGGCAACCCCCUCUUCUCCAACGUCCACUUCGGAGUGGACCUCGACUCUCGCGUCGGGAUCGUGGGGCCUAACGGAGCGGGUAAGUCCACCCUCCUCAACCUCAUCUUGGACAAGUUGAGGCCCCUGUCGGGGGAGGUGCGGCGGAACCCCAACCUGAGGAUAGCCCACUUCACCCAGCACGCCGCGGAGCAGUUCGACUACCGGCUCAACAGCGUGGACAACAUGAUCAAGCUGUUUCCGGGUGUUCAGGAGCAGGAAAUGCGAAAGUUCUUGGGGCGCUUCGACAUCUCGGGGCCUCUGGCGUUGCGGCCCCUCAAGUUCCUCUCGGGGGGGCAAAAGUCCCGCGUUGCGUUCGCGAAGCUGGCGUGGUCGAAGCCCCACGUGGUGAUCAUGGAUGAGCCUACGAACCACCUCGACCUGGAGACGAUCGAGGCGCUCAUCCUGGCAUUACAGGCGUUCAAGGGAGGGGUAAUGAUCGUGUCGCACGACCAGCACUUCAUCAACAAGGUCUGCUCCGAGCUGUGGGUCGUGGGGAGCGGCGAGGUGGCCAAGUACCCGGGCGAGUUCGACGAUUACAAGAACGAGCAGAUCGCCAAAAGGAAGGCCGCCGGGGCUAGCUUAUAAUCUUGCAAAGAGUGAAGAAGCCACAGCGGUAGGGAAGAUUUUGCCGGGAGCACAGCUGGCCGGUCGCGGUUUGUGUAUGUGUGCUACUCAGCGCGAGAAGCUGGCGUGGGGGGAACAGCCGGCAGGCUCGGGUAUCUUGCAAAGGAGCCGUCCCUUUCGAGCGAGCGGCGGCAAACGUUUUGGUGACGAAGAGGUUACUGAACCAUACUUUACAACUU